AUGCCCACAGCCGUUCUUGCACCCCCGUCCAAGAUUCCAAGGACAGAUGCAGCCAGCCGGCCGUCCACGAGCCUCGCACGAACAGGACAAACCGCAACAUUCUCCACGGGCUUAGCACCUCAGAGAAGGGUCGAAGACUUUCCAAAGUUUGUUAAGGAUGUGGCCGGAACAAAAGUUCCCUUUGCAAUGCGCCAGGCUCUAUUCGCGACAAUGUACUCCACGUUCAAGGACCUCUACCAUCGAUUUCAUCAAGAGCACCCAAAUCAAGCAUUCGAUGACGCUGUAAUGCAAGAGGCAGAAGUGUACGCUAAAUCUAAUAAAACAAGCUACAAGAAUGCAAUGAUCUCGAGCAUUGCUUCUUUGAAAAAAAGGCCUGUCCCCGACAAGCUCCAGCAUCCAUCCGUUGGCAGCGAAGGAACGAGAGCACAACGUUCCAGCUCGACGGCAUCCCCACCAGAAGCCUACACCUUGACUCUGAGUGACGUUGAGCCUCUGCUCCUGACCACAGAGGUUAUGCGUCUCUACGGUAUCCCAAUGGAAAUACCCUCGGGACCAGGAGGGACUCGAUCCGAUGCCACUGGUGAAGAAGUCAAAUGUGAUCGCUGUGGGAACGGAGUCAUCCUCAAACCUGGACGGGAUUCCAUGGCUUGCCAAUUUCACUGGGGUAGAGUCGUUCGGUCUUCGACAGGAGGUGAAAUUAGUCGCACAUACGGCUGCUGCUCUGCGCCCUACCCUGGCUCUGCUGGGUGUCAGUUUGGACCUCACGUAUUCAUGGAAAAGGACCUUGACAGACUUCACGCAAGACAUGCCUUUACCAGCUCGUGUGCGGUUGAACGCCCUACACAGCUGGAUAUUGCGACGAUUGACUGUGAGGGUAUAUACACGACACAAGGAAUGAGCGUCGCCCGAGUCUCUGUAUGCGAUGGAAGCGGAAAGCUUGUGUUUGACGAGUUUGUGAGACCUGACGAUGGCGUGGAGGUGAUAGACUUUAAUACUAGAUUCUCCGGCGUGACCUCGCUCGAUUCAGCAAACCUCGAUUUGGUCGGUAUCCGACAAGCGCUUGAUGCCUUGAUCGGACCUCGGACGGUGAUCAUUGGGCAUGCCGUCGAAAACGACCUCAUGAUGCUUCGGAUGAUCCAUCCGCGCCUGGUAGAUACAAUUGUCCUGUUUCCUAGCAAUUUUGGGCUCCCUUUCAAACGUGCAUUGCGUGUUCUUGCACGCGAGUAUCUCGGCCGUUCGAUUCAGCAAGGAGGUGCAGAAGUCGGACAUUCUUCAGCAGAGGACGCAUUGGCCACGUUGGAUUUGGUGAAGCAUUAUGUAUUGGAUCAGCGGCGUCGCAAAUGA